AUGGUCCCCGUCCCGUCAGGUCAGGAGAGGUUGUGCGGUGGCGCGGUCUGCAUGCCGGUGUGCGCGCUCCGUGUGGGCAGUGCGCUGGCUCCGUGCGCUCUGCUGCUGCUGCUGCUCCUGCUCCUGCUGCUGCUGCUGCUGCUCCUGCUCCUGCUCCUGCUGCUGCUGCUCCUGCUCCUGCUGCUGCUCCUGCUCCUGCUCCUGCUGCUGCUGCUGCUCCUGCUCCUGCUCCUGCUCCUGCUCCUGCUGCUGCUGCCCACAAGUGUCCCGUGUCCGCCGUGUGUGAGAGCCGCUCACACCAGGCUGCACCGCCACGACAGUCCAGACAAAUAG